CUAAGCAGUUGGAAAGUACCAAUUUCUUUCAGAUUUUUUGUUUAUAAUUUACGAUUUCGCGUAGCACUAGAAAAGUAUGAAAGUCAAUGCAAUUUUAUUUCUAUCUUAACGUUCCUCGAUAGAAACUCUUUAUCGAUCUGGGUUUUCUCAAUUUUUGAAAACAUUUGAAUUAUUUCAUAAAGUUAUAGCUUCGAUAUAACCAAGUUGUUAACGAAAACCAGAACAAUUGUGAUUAAACCAGAAAAUAACAGUGCCAUUUUAAACUGCUAGUCAACAUAUUUCAACUUAGUUACCAACCAAACAAAAAACGCCCGAGAAGUGGAAUGAACUCAGUGUUUUCCGUGAAUGAGACAAUGGCGGGCGAUUUAGUGGAGAGUCGUCUGCAGGUGAAGUUCGAUGCCAACGGGAACCAGGAGGUCUCGACAGUUCUGCUGGGAAGUUUCCUGGUGACAAUAAUACUAGUGGGCUUCUUCAGUAACAUAGCCUCACUCGUCAUAUAUCUCAGAUGCAAGGAUAUGCGCAAGCCCCAGAAUGUGCUCAUUUUGAACCUGGCCCUGGCUGAUCUUGGGAUGGUGUUGGGAUCACAGGUGCCUACGUGCAUUUCUUCAUUCUCAAGACAGUGGAUUUUCGGCCAGACAGCAUGCACCGUUUCUGCUUUUCUGGCGACUAACAGUGGCUUCGCUUCCAUCGGAACCAUGACUCUCAUCGCAUUCGACCGAUACGACCGGUUGUCGCGCCCUCUCCAGACCCUGGAUCAGGACACUUUCGGCAACAAGAGAUCAUUCCGACUAAUCGCACUAGUUUGGGCGUACUCGUUGUUCCUCUCACUGCCACCUUUGUUCUACAAUGGAUACGGAUCACCAGACGUUUCAGUGGCAUGUAUUUUGGACUAUACCAAUGCUUCCCUGGAAAAUAGACUGGCUCUUGCAUCUAUGUACACCCUGGGUUUCGUGGUACCCCUCUCAUGCAUCAUCUAUCUCUACAAAGGCAUCUUCGGCAUCAUCCGCACUUCACGAUUGAUGUUCGGCGACAGCCGCCAAGAUCAAAGACAGAUGGAGAAAGAGUUCAAGGUCGGCAUCGCUUCUGUACUCUGUGUGCUCAUAUUCGUGAUCGCCUGGACGCCAUUCGCGGUGCUGAUGGUGCUCGGAAACAUCGACCCCAAAUACGUACUCACUUCGGCUGACAACAGAGUAUCGUACACUUCUCUAACAGCUACUUUCGCCAAGGGGUCGGCAGCCUGUAAUGGCAUCAUUUACGGACUGUGUAUUCCGCAAGAAAAAUAUCGAAGGUCGUCAGCUCAGCAGGCCAAAAAACUCUUAAUGAGCCAUGCGGCAUUGUACCAUCAUAACAGCCGACGACACCAGCAGAACUUGAUCAAACCAGUCGAAUGGGUCUAACUGAGACUCAAAUCACUCUUCAAUCAGCCUCGCAGAUCAACUGCUCCUGAAAACUCAGUUUCAACAAAACUCGGCAAUACUCAAAACAUAUUCUUAAAAUACAGUGCAAGUUCCAAUAAAAAAUUUCCUUAAAGGAUAGAUGU